AUGUCCCCAUCCACUCUGGAGCAGCACCACACCGGACCUGUUGGAGCUGAGAAGUGGGGUUGUUCAGGGUUCUGAUUUCGGGUUAAGGGCACAAAGUUGGCCGGGAUAAGGAACCAGGACGGAUGAUGCGUGUUGCGCCGCGCCUCUUCCAUGAAAGAAGAGUCUCUCAGCAGCUGAGAUGGGCGCCCUUCCUGGACUCUCACCUUCGUACCGGCCGCGGGGAGACCGCCGCUGCCGCGCCGCGCUGCUGCUACCUGUAGUGGCGGCCGCGCUUCAGCUUUGUGCCGCUUUUAACCUGGACGCGGAGGGACGCUCCGUUUUCACGGGAAAGCGGGGGAGUUAUUUCGGAUAUUCCGUGGAAUUCUUCGGGAACUCAUCCAGCAUCAGUGUCCUUAUUGGAGCUCCAAAAGCCAACACCAGCCAGCCGAACGUCACCGAGGGAGGAGCUGUGUACCACUGCUCCUGGAGCCACAACAACUGCAGCAUUAUCAAGUUUGACCAGCAAGGUGACCGCCAUUUUUACAUAAACGGUGUGAACACUCAAGUUGAGUUCAAGUCCCAUCAGUGGUUUGGAGCUAUUGUGCGUUCCCAUGGUAACAGCAUCUUGGCCUGUGCUCCCAGGUAUUACUGGAGGACAGAACACGACACGCCGUUCUCUGACAUCACAGGAACCUGCUACCUCUCUGUUGACGCUCUCAAAACCUUUGUGGAGUUCGCCCCGUGCAGAACAGAAAGACACGGCCCUGCUGGACAGGGUUACUGUCAGGGAGGAUUCAGUGCUGACUUUACCAAGGAUGGAAGGGUUGUUCUUGGAGGGCCUGGCAGCUUUUACUGGCAAGGUCAGCUGAUUUCAGCCAGUACAGAGGAGAUCGUUAAGGCCUACUACCCCUCCUACUUCCUGCUGUCGGUCGCUGGACAGAUUCAGACCCGGCAGGUCCAGGGGAGCUACGACGACAGCUACCUGGGUUACUCUGUGACCAGCGGCGAGUUCAGUGGGGACGCUGAGGAAGAUUUCAUCGCAGGAGUUCCAAAAGGACUCAUGCUGUAUGGUUUAGUGUCCGUUUUAAGUGGGAAGGACCUGAAGUCUGUGCUGAACCUGACGGGUGAACAGAUGGGGUCUUACUUCGGCUACGCAGUGGCGGCUACUGACAUCAACAAUGAUGGAUUGGAUGAUCUGGUUGUUGGAGCGCCGACAUUUAUGCACCCGGGGUUCAACGGGCGUCUGGAGGAGCUGGGGAAGGUGUACGUUUACCUCCAGAGGGGCCCGCUGCGUCUGGAGCCGGCUCAGACCCAUCUGCUGGGCUCACAGGUCUUCGGUCGGUUUGGCACCUCUCUGGCUCCUCUGGGUGACCUCAACCAGGAUGGCUUCAACGACAUGGCCGUCGGCUGUCCGUACGGCGGAGACCACCAGCAGGGCGUGGUCUUCAUCCAUAACGGUCACGCUGGAGGACUGAAGGACACGCCCACUCAGGUUCUUUCUGGCCAAUGGGCUUCCAGCUCUUUCCCUGCCAGCUUCGGCUUUGCUCUGCGAGGCGACAUGGACAUCGAUCAGAACGGCUACCCAGAUCUGAUUGUUGGUGCUUUCGGCCUUGAUAAGGCCGUCCUGUACAGAGCGCGGCCGAUAGUGACAGCCGGUGCUUCUCUCACCGUGCAGCCGGCCAUGUUCAACCAGGAGGAGAAGACCUGCUCACUCAUCACAGAAGAGAGAAACGUCUCCGUUUCCUGUGUGAGCACCAGGUUCUGUCUGGAGGCCUCUGGGAAGCACCUCCCCUCUCAUUUAGGCUUCCUGGUGGAAGUGCAGCUAGACAGAGCAAAGCAGAACCAGAAGGAGUCUGUGAGGAGGGCGCUGUUCCUGGAGAGCCAGCAGCCCACCCUGCUGAAGACCAUAAACCUCACAAAUGGUCAAAAGUUCUGCCAUGAAAUCAAAAUCUACCUGCGGGCCGAGGACGAGUUUCGGGAUAAACUCUCUCCCAUCAACAUCAGCCUGAACUUCAGUCUGGAUGGUCGGGUGGCGGCGGAUCAACACGGCCUCCGUCCCAUCCUCAACUACCAGACAGAGCAACGUGUAGAGCAGAAGGCCCAGAUUCAGCUGGACUGCGGAGAGGACAACAUUUGUGUCCCUGACCUCAAACUGGCUGUUAUUGGUGAUAAAUCAGAGCUCUACCUGGGCGACGAAAACGCCUUGAGCUUGAUCUUUAAUGCCAGGAACGAGGGAGAGGGAGGGGCUUAUGAGGCGGAGCUGUAUGUGGUGCUGCCCCCCGAGGCCGACUACACCGGGAUCGCACGCAACAACGGGAGUCUGACUCAGCUGACCUGCAGCUACGAGGUUGAUAACCAGACCCGCCAUCUUGUGUGCGAUCUGGGAAACCCCAUGAAGUCUGGCAGCAGCUUAUGGGCCGGCCUUCGAUUCACUGUGCCGAGACUGACAGACGCUAACGAUGUUGUCCACUUUCAGCUCCAAAUACGAAGUAAAAACUUCAAUAACUCUGACAGUAACGAGGUUCUGCUGGAGGUUCAGGUUGCUGCCAAGGCUGAGGUGAUCCUGCAGGGUGUUUCUCGGCCAGACAAAGUCAUCUUCCCUCCUCCCAACUGGAGCGCCCGUCAGAGCCUGGGGGAGGAGCAGGACGUUGGCCCCGAGCUGCAGCAGGUUUAUGAGUUGGUGAACAAUGGCCCCAGUGUGGUGAGCCGCACGACGUUAGAGGUGAGAUGUCCCCUGAGGGCCAAGGGCCACGCUCUGGUCUACCCUGUGGAGGUGAUCACUGUGGGCCCACUCAGCUGCUCCUCCAAAACAACCUUCAAUGCACUGAAACUCAAGCUUCAGGCUCCAACGUCAGAAAGUCCUGCAUUGUUAAAGUCCAGCACUGAGCAUUACAUCUGGAGGAGGGAGGAGAUCAGGGAUCCUCUGGCUGAACACGGAAACCUGACGUGCAGCUCAGUGGAAUGCUGGAAGCUGCACUGUGAUGUGAACCGACUGGAGAAAGGCAGCAGCGUCAUCCUGACUGUACGCUCCAGACUCUGGGCUGAGACCUUCGUGGAGCGCCCAUACAAACAGCACAUCCUGGAGUGUUCAGUCCAGUAUGAAGUGAACAAGAUGCCAUACUCCAUUCCUCCCAAAUUCAAGUCAUCCGGAUCAAAGAAGGUGCUGGCGUCUGUGAUGUGGAGCAAGCCGGACAAUCAGUUCUCAGUUCCAGUGUGGAUCAUCAUCCUGGCUGUUUUAGCUGGGCUGCUGCUGCUGGCGGUGCUCAUAUAUCUGCUGUACAAGAUGGGCUUCUUCAAAAGGUCAGACCCCUAUGGAACAACCAUGGAGAAGGCCCACCUCAAACCCCAGGCGUCCUCUGAAGCUUAGAUCGAAGAAGGAGUUUCUCCUUCUUAUUCCAAAGAACUGGAAAAGAUCGCCGCCUUCUCAAGCGAGGGAAGGAACUCACUGAUCGUAAGCUGGCACCCCAUUUGUGCAGGGUCAUUUAUGGGUGCUGUAUCACUGGAAUAAUGUUAACCUGGUGCUGCACUAAAAUACCAAAGAAGAGGAGACUGGGUCCGCGCAGCUAAAGAAGCAUUGC